UCCGGCUGACUUCCUUCCGUUCUCCCUUGCCUGGGUCCUGCCAUGGCUUCUGCAGUGGUACGGCUGCUGCAGCAGGGCCCUCGCUGCCUCCUGGCUCCGGCCGCCCCCAUCCUGCUCCCCCAGGUUCGGGGAAUGAAGAAGGGGUUCCGUGCAGCCUUCCGCUCCUACAAGGAGCUGGAGCGGAGGCGCCUGCUGCGCUGCCCGCCGCCGCCCGUGCGACGGUCCGAGAAGCCAAACUGGGAUUACCAUGCGGAGAUACAAGCCUUUGGGGCUCGGCUGCAAGAAACCUUUUCCUUGGACCUUCUCAAAACUGCCUUUGUCAAUAGCUGCUACAUCAAAAGUGAAGAGGCGAAACGUCAGAAACUUGGGAUAGAGGAAGAAGCCGUUCUUCUGAAUCUCAAGAACAACGAAGACCUAGCUGAACGAGGCCUGUCUUUUUCACAGACGUGCCUAACACAGUCUCUUGCGGAUGAGUUCCCAGACUUGCCCACCGAAGGCAUUGAAGGCCUGGUUAGCUUUCUCACUGGCGAGGCGGUGGUGUGCCACGUGGCUAGUAACCUGGCUGUGGAGCAGUUGACCCUCAGCGCGGAAUUCCCUGUCCCCCUGCCUGUAUUGCGUCGGACCUUCUUUGCCGUGAUUGGAGCCCUGCUGCAGAGCAGCGGCCCGGAGAGGACUGCACUUUUCAUCAGGGACUUUUUAAUUACGCAAAUGACGGGGAAAGAGCUCUUUGAGAUGUGGACCGUCGUAAACCCCAUGGGACUGCUGGUGGAGGAACUGAAGAAGAGAAACAUUCCAGCUCCCGAGUCCAGGCUCACCCGGGAGUCAGGAAGCACAACUGCCUUGCCUCUGUAUUUUGUUGGCUUGUACUGUGAUAAAAAGCUGAUUGCAGAAGGCCCCGGGGAAACGGUCCUCGUGGCAGAGGAGGAGGCCGCUCGAGUAGCCCUGAGGAAGCUCUACGGAUUCACAGAGAACAGACGGCCCUGGGACUAUUCCCAGCCCCGAGAGAGCUCGAAAGCAGAGAAAAGCAACAUUGCCAGCUCGGCGGCAAGCCGGUGACACCACCACAUCUAGAGUAGGCAGUGAGACAGAUGCUCCAGGAUGAGCAGCUCAGAUACAGGGAGGGACACGUCUUGUCUCCUUAUUUUUACUGUAUUCCUGAAAUUAAACAAGUGUUUAUCAGGUGAUUGUAUUUGUUUCAUUUUUCUGUUUGUUUUAUAUAUUGGUUUAUUACUAUGUGUAUAAUUUGUACAGCUAGGUGUAUUUUAUUCCCCUCCAGCUUUGAAAUCUACUCAGAUAUGUCAUGUGUGAAGUUUGUUGUAAUAUGAAUAAAAAGUUAUUCUUUGA